AUUAGAAGCAGUGUAAUUUUAUUUUGGAAUUCAUUCUAUCUAUCUAUCUAUCUAUUUAUCUAUCUAUCUAUCCCGAUACACACCCAUCAGUCUAUCUAUCCAUCCAUCCUUUGAAAAGAUGAUGCUCAAUUCAGACCAGACGGAAAUCGACGUGCCCCCGUCUCACUCAGAGACAGAGUCAGUUUUUAGCGACUGUGGUGGGGGCGGUGGCCGUGGGGCUGGAGUGGAGGAGGCCGGCGGCAUCAGCUUGUGUGCCCAGUCCCGGCUAGCGGAGCCGGGCGAGGCUCUGAAAAAGGACCUGCAGCACCUGAGCCGAGAGGAGCGGCGGCGGCGGCGGCGUGCCACGGCUAAGUACCGGACAGCCCACGCCACGCGGGAGCGCAUCCGCGUCGAGGCUUUCAACAUGGCCUUCGCCGAGCUGCGCAAGCUGCUGCCCACCCUUCCCCCUGACAAGAAGCUCUCCAAGAUCGAGAUCCUCAGGCUGGCCAUCUGCUACAUCUCCUACCUGAACCACGUGCUGGACGUCUGAGCCACCGAGCCCACGUCCGUCUGUCUGCUACAUCUCCUACCUGAACCACGUGCUGGACGUCUGAGCCACCGAGCCCAUGUCCGUCUGUCCGUCUGUCUGCUACAUCUCCUACCUGAACCACGUGCUGGAUGUCCGAGCCACCGAGCCCACACCCAUCUGUCCAUCUGUCUGCUAUAUCUCCUACCUGAACCAUGUGCUGGACAUCUGAGCCACCGAGCCCGCGUUCGUCUGUCCGUCUAUCUGCUACAUCUCCUACCUGAACCACGUGCUGGAUAUCUGAGCCACCAAGCCCACGGCCGUCUGUCCUUCUGUCUGCUACAUCUCCUCCCUGAACCACAUGCUGGAUGUCUGAACCACCGAGCCCACGGCCGUCUGUCCAUCUGUCUGCUACAUCUCCUACCUGAACCACGUGCUGGACAUCUGAGCCACCGAGCCCACGUCCGUCUGUCCAUCUGACUGCUACAUCUCCUACCUGAACCACGUGCUGGACUUUUGAGCCAUCGAGCCCAUGUCCGUCUGUCCAUCUGUCUGCUACAUCUCUGACCUGAACCACAUGCUGGACGUCUGAGCCACCGAGCACACGUC